AGAAUGAGCUUGUGGAAUCUGACUAUCAGCAUUAUUUUGUUAUCACAAACUGCGACUGGAAUACUGGGAAAUUUCUCUCUAAUUUUCUACUAUCUAAUCCUUUACUGCAGAAAAUUCACAUUAAAGCCCACAGAUGUGAUUCUGAUGAACGUACUGGCAGCCAAUGCCUUGAUCAUUCUCUCUACAGGAGUGCCCCAAACUAUGGCAGUUUGGGGACUUAAGCAAUUCUUGGAUGAUUUUGGAUGUGAGCUCCUGAUGUACAUUCAAGGAUGUGGUAGGAGUGUGUCCAUUGCUACUACUUGUUUCUUGAGUGUCUUUCAGACAUUGACCAUUUGCCCCAGGAAAUCUUGCUGGAAGGAUCAUAAAGUCAAAGUUGAGAAGUACAUCAGUUGCCACAUUUUCCUCCUCUGGAUCCUGUACAUGUCCAUAAAUUUUAUUUAUUUUUCAUACACAGUUUUCAAGAGGAACAGAAAAAAUGUGUCACAGAAACGAGAUUUUGGAUACUGCUCCACUGUGGGGCGGGAUGAAAUUGUUGAUUCACUCUAUGCAGCAUUGGUGGUUUGCCCUGAAGUCUUUCUUUCUGUGAUCAUAGCCUUGUCCAGUGGCUCCAUGAUUAUCAUUCUCUACAGACACAAGCAGAGGGUUCAACACAUUCGCAGCACUCAUGGUUCCAGUAGAAUGUCGCCUGAGUCCAGAGUCACACAGAAUAUUCUGAUCCUUUUAUCUACCUUUUUGGCUUUUUAUACUCUCUCGUCUAUCUUAAGAGGCUGCAUUGCUAUUUUAAAUAGUCACAACUGGUGGCUGGUGAGUAUCAGUAACCUGACUUCUCUGUGUUUUCCAUCUUUUGGACCCUUUGUUCUCAUGAAUCAUUACUAUAUUGUGUCCAGGCACUGUUUUGUCCUGAUAAGGAAUAAAAAUCACUGA